AUGGCCCCGAAACGCAAGAAGUGCCCAACUCCUCCGCACGAAUCACCGCAGACGGACGCUUCCUCCGGCGAAGAGUCGCGCACCGACCCCGUGCCCCCGAGAGCUGAAGCGCAACGGAAAGUGGACGAGGAAGUUGAGAAGGAUGCGGAGGGAGGUAGUGAUGAAUCCUCCGAAGAGUCGGAGCCUCGGUCUGGAUCGGAAGAUGGGACCCGCGCUGCCGUGCCCGUCGACGCGGCCGAGGAGGGCACGACGGUGAGGAGGCGGCCGGCCGGAAAUCGACGGUUGGAAGAACCGCCGGGGAAGAGGGAGAGAAAGGACGGCGACGCCGCGGUACUCGGACACCGCGGUGAAGCGACGAAGCACGAAACCCUAAAGCCCUCGAAGCCCUCUCUGGACCCGGACACCGCAGACGAGACUCGCAUCGUCAAGGCCGUCGCCGCGGGCGAGGAGGUCGCGCCGGCGGUGAAGAAGAAGCUGGCGGCCGGAUCUCAACAGUUGGAGAAGCGGCCAGGGAAGAGGGCGAGGAAGGGCAGCGACGCUAACGACGAGGAGGCAGGGGCCGCGGCGCAGCACACCAGGGAGGGGUCGGGGAGGUUUCAGCGCAAAUGGAGUGAGAAAGAUGAGAUCAAGCUCCUCCGAGGUUUGAUCAAGUUUCGCAAAAAGAAGAGGCUAGAGCCCUCGACCAACGUCGGCAUAUUCCAAGAUUUCCUCGACAAGAAAUCGGUACGGUUCGACUUCUCUCCCAACGAAUCGCAGCUCCUAAACAAGAUUAGGAAAAUGAAAGUCAAGUUCGUGAAUGGGUGCAAGACCGGGCGUAUAUGGAAGAAGCCCCAUGAUCAGAAGGUCGCUGAGCUUUCCCGUGUCCUCUGGGGCGGUGGGGAAGCGCGCUUGUCUUUGAAGAAGAGUAUGACUCCGGAAAGUGCCAGCAAGAUUGCUGCUGCUGCACCGUCGAAGCCGCCGGAGGAGUUCGAGGACGGCGAUUGGGCCGGCGAAUCUUCACUGUUGGAGCUGACCAGCAUGGGGCUGGGCAAGGAAGUUUUGAGGAUCGGUAUGGGGAUGAUCGACCGGUCGGAGAUGGAGGAAUUGAAGGAGAGGUGGCAGCAACUGCGCAUGUCCGAGCUACAGGUCGCCAACGAUAGAGCGGCGCUCGUGAAUCACCAGGCAAGGUUGUUCAUGGAUCGCUAUCGUCGAGCGAAGCAGCAGCAGGUAUAG